AAAGCCUUCCCUAAAGUUCACACACGUCACAUUUUCUCUCGCUAGAAAGGAAAGGAAAGGAAAGGAAGAGAAAAGAAAGGAAAAGAAAAGUCACAAGCACUCUCCUCUCCUCUCCUCACCACGCCAAAGACCCAAAGACAACGUCAAAAAGAUCUAUACAAUACUAUUAAACACCCCUGUCUCCUCUCUUUCAUUCCCUCCCCAAAUUCAACUCUUCUUCCUCCGAUUCAGCAACGUCUACUCCAAAUUCAUUGUUUGAUUUUGUACUAUGUCUGAGGGGAACAUCGCCGGAAUACCCACCCACGGUGGACGCUAUGUUCAGUACAAUGUGUACGGUACUCUCUUCGAAGUCUCCAGAAAGUAUAUCCCUCCGAUUCGCCCUGUGGGUCGAGGCGCUUAUGGCAUCGUUUGCCUGUAGAUCACUUGAGGACUUUGAGGUAGUGUUCAAUUUGGGAGUAUUUACCUGUUGGAUGGUAUAUACUAUUUUGAGGUUCAAAUUAGGUGCUGCUGUGAACUCGGAGACACGUGAGGAAGUUGCAAUUAAGAAGAUUGGUAAUGCAUUUGACAAUAGAAUAGAUGCAAAAAGGACACUAAGAGAAAUUAAACUUCUUCUUCACAUGGAUCAUGAAAAUGUUAUUGCAAUCAAAGACAUUAUACGCCCUCCACAAAAGGAAAACUUCAAUGAUGUCUACACUGUUUCUGAAUUAAUGGACACUGAUCUUCAUCAGAUAAUUCGAUCCAACCAACAAUUGUCGAAUGAUCAUUGCCGGUACUUUCUGUAUCAAUUGUUACGAGGGCUCAAAUAUGUUCAUUCUGCAAAUGUCUUGCAUCGGGAUCUGAAACCCAGCAAUUUGCUCCUCAAUGCAAAUUGUGACCUGAAGAUUGCAGAUUUUGGGCUUGCAAGGACAACAUCUGAAACAGAUUUCAUGACUGAGUAUGUUGUUACUCGCUGGUACAGGGCACCGGAAUUGCUUCUUAAUUGUUCAGAGUACACUGCAGCAAUUGAUAUUUGGUCAGUAGGUUGUGUGUUUGGUGAAAUUAUGACUAGACAACCCCUAUUCCCUGGCAGAGAUUAUGUUCAUCAGCUUCGACUCAUCACAGAGCUUAUAGGUUCACCUGAUGAUGCAAGUCUUGGUUUUCUCCGAAGUGAUAAUGCCCGAAGAUACGUAAGGCAGCUUCCACAAUACUCACGGCAACAAUUCUCUGCUAGAUUUCCCAAUAUGUCUCCUGCAGCUGUAGAUUUGCUGGAGAAAAUGCUCGUCUUUGACCCGAACAGGCGCAUUACAGUUGAUGGAGCACUAUCCCACCCAUACUUGGCUCCGCUUCACGAUAUCAAUGAGGAGCCUGUUUGCCCUAGGCCUUUCAAUUUUGAUUUUGAGCAGCCAUCAUUCACCGAAGAGAACAUCAAGGAGCUCAUAUGGAGGGAAUCUGUAAAAUUCAAUCCCGACCCUCCAAUUCAUUAAGGCAAAUGUGAUUGUGUGAUGUAUACAGUUAGAUAUUGGGCAUGAUUCCCAUGUUUUAUACCAUCUUAAACCCCUUACAAAUCCUCGGAUGGAACAAAUUGGUUUGACAUAAAAAAUGUUGUUGUUUGAGUUCUUAGGACUAGUGUUAUCGUAUCCUUGUAUUUUAUUUAGCAUUCAGAUGCAGUACAGAGGAGCUGAACCGGAAUUUCUGAGAAUGCCAAUUCAUUUGUUGGUGUGUCCUCUUUUUGGUUAGUAGAAUUACAAGAAGGGGGUAGUACCGGUAGCUGUUGUCGCUUUUCUCAUCAUUCCUACCAUCCUUUGUAACUAUUUCUCGGUUCAUCUUUACAUCCUACUAGAGUACAUGUAAAACUCCAUAGAUUCUUUUCUGUUUUGUUGUUAUGAGAUAGGUGGUGUGUAUGUAAAGACAUGCUUGGAUACUGAUACACUAGUAUAAAUAUACCUAUGGAAAUGAAAUUGCUCCA